AUGGCUUCGCAUGCUUUCACCCUGGAGCAAACGGCCCUCAAUGCAAUUCGGUCUCUCCCUCCGGACACCUACUUAAUCCAUGCCACCAACUGCAUCGCGGAAUGGGGAGCUGGCAUAGCAGCCGAGCUUGCCACAGUCUUUCCAGCGGCGUGCAAAGAGUACAAGAAGUUUUGCAACGCAGCCAAAACCGACGCCUCGGAGAAGUGGCCACCCCGUUCCCUGGGAGGACGCUGCCUCAUCAUCCCACCACAGCCGGAAGAUGUGGCAGCAGGUGCGCCGAGCAUACACAUUGUUUGCCUUUUUACUAGCUAUGGCUAUGGAAGGCCGAAUACAACAACGGGAAAGCCAGGAAAGGACAGCAUGGGGAUGAUCUUGCGCCAGACGGAGAAAUCUCUAACAGAGUUGAGAGGACAGCUAGGGGCCGACACUAACAUCGAUCAACAGAGUCGCAUGGUCAUGUACUCGCCUAUGUUCAACUCGGGUGCAUUCCGAGUGCCAUGGGAGAAGACCAAGGGGCUUAUCGAGAAAGAAUUUGAGGGUUGGGAGGGCCGAUGGCUAGUCAUGGCGCCGCCAUCGUAA